AUGACCUUCUCUGUGGCCCACAGGCGCCAUGUCCAAUCCCUCUACAGGCGAUACUUGAAGACUGCACUCGACUGGACCGUCAGACGUGACCUCUGGAGACCGCAGGCGCUCAGCAUCAGAGCCGAGUUCGAGAAGAACCGCCAUGUAACCGACCCUCGCGCGUUGGCGCAGAUUCUUCAGGCCGCAGAAGAGCGACUGGCCAUCUUCAAACACCCCGACCCUUAUAUCUGCCCUACCGCACCUGGUGGAACAAAAUGGCAAGUUGUGGAACGCAACACCCCACCAACGCUUGGUCCCAUUUACGACCACGAUGCGGCCAACAAAGAGGCAGCUGCUCACGACCAUUAG